AUGAGUAGCACGCUGUUAAAGUAUUUUCUCCAGGAUGAUGUGGACAGUUUCAAGCGUUUGCUGGCGAACAUCAGCAAUACGCCAGCUGGCCAGCGUUCGACCGGAGGAAACAUCGCAGCAAAAAUAGAAAGUCCCUCAUAUGGCUCGUCUCCCAGCACCCCGUUGCGCAACAAAAAGGCCGUCGGGACACCCCCGGGUGUGUCGCUUACCGAUCGCGGAGCAUACCUACGAGGAAAUCCUGCUUCUUGGUCCCGGACACAAGUGAAUGCGCGCGACCAGCACGGACGCACCCUCCUUCAUCUCGUCGCUUCGUCACCGAGCCCGAGCGCUAUUGAUUUUGCAAAUGCCCUAUUAGAAUUGCCGUUCGUCGAUAUAUAUGUACAGGAUACGGAGAGUGGAUGGACUGCGCUGCACAGAGCUUUAUAUUCUGGAAAUGUGGCUAUUGCGCAUGCUCUGAUGCAAAGGGAUCUCCGGGGUGCUACGGAUUUCAGCGCACCUAGCAGCACACAAUACCCAUGUGGAAGCUUGAUCAAGAUCAAGGAUCGCGAAGGCAACAGUCCUUUCGAUAUCUACGGUGCUACCAUCAUUGGCCGCGAUAUCAAGCAAGUUGUGACCCCACGCAGCGGGUCAUUCGAUCCCGAAAGCGAUCCAGAUGCCUCAUCUGCUGAAAACUCUGUUGAUGGCGAUGAUGGUGGAGAAGAGGGGGUUCUUUCACAAGCACAAUUGAAGCCCCGGGUAAAUCUACAAGCUGACGAAGUGUUCACGUUUGGUAGCAACAAGAACAUGAACCUUGGUUUAGGGGAUGAAGAUGAUCGGCAUUUUCCCGAAAGAAUUUCUCUGAGUCGUCCAGACCAUUUACUCCAGCGCUUUUUUCAAGAACGAGAAGCAGCUCGCACCCACCAAGCACAGUCAACUGCAUUGAUAGAUCAUGCGGAGCAUCAGGAUCGUCUUCCCACUUUGAUCGCAUUAAAACCAAUUUCUAUCCAAGAUGUUUACAUGUCCAAGCUGCACACGGCAGUUUUGACGAACGACCCAGAAUCGAAUCUUUUCAUGGCUGGCUUUGGACCUGGUGGUCGGCUGGGUACAGGCGAUGAAGCUACCAGAUUCGAUUUUGUCUGCAUCGAGACUGGUGGACUGGUCGGGAAAAGGGUUGUAUCACUCGCCCUUGGCCAGGAUCAUUCGAUUGCUAUUUCGGAGCAAGGUGAAAUAUUCACAUGGGGAAGUAAUAAAUAUGGUCAACUGGGUUACAAUCUGCCUAGGGCCAACAAUAAGAGAGAGACGCCGAUUCAAAGUACACCGCGGCAGGUCUUCAAUCCUUUUAAACGUGAAGUCAUACUUGGGGCUGCUGCCUCUGCAGUGCAUUCCGUUGUUUUCAGUGCUUCAGGCCUUUAUACAUUUGGGAAAAAUGAGGGACAACUUGGUUUAGUCGAUUCCGAUGCUCGCUCCCUUGUAGUUCAGGUUAUUCCUCGACGUGUUGGGGUCUCUCUAUUCAACUCUCCUAUCCGCAUGGUCUCUGCAAUUGAUAGGGCCACCGCGGUCCUUCUCGAGACUAGCGAAACCUGGGUUUUCACACAUUAUGGCUAUUCUAGGGUUGUUUUUCCUCUAGAUUUCAGUUCAUAUUUCAUAAAGGAAAGUUUUUUGGCUACCAGGUACGGCAACACCGCAAACCGCAUUAUUAAAAUUACCGCUGGUGGGAAUACUAUUUGCGCGCUGUCCACUUUUGGCGAGGUUUACAGCAUCAAAGUGAGCAGUAGACCCGAUAAUACUUCCGUUACUUCUUCAACUACCAAUCCUGCGAAGAUUCGAAAUUCUCUUUCAGCACCAGAACGAGUUUGGUCUGUUAGGAAGUCCCAUAUGGCCGCACACGACGUUGAUGUUGGUCAGGAUGGUUCUAUAAUUAUUUGCACAACUUCCGGGUCAGCGUGGAGAAAAGAAAGAAGAACUCACAAUAAAGGAGUUAGCUCAAAAGACUACAAAUUUGUUCGCAUAGCAGGUCUCUCAAGGGUGAUUGCAGUCAGAAGCAACGCAUUUGGCUCGUUCGCCGCCGUUCAAAGAGACUGCGAUGUCACUAAGAAACAAAUGACUGUCUCUCCGUCCUCCCUUUGGAAUGAUUUUACUCAACUUCUGCCAGUUAAGUCUUUGUCAGAUGCAGUUGAAAGCGAUGCGAUAGGUGAUCCCACCGCUGUCAAGCAUCAGAUAGCCAAAAUUAAGUUGGCAAUCACUUCGUCGCCUAAUAUCGAAUCCCAAAUUCAGCAUAUCCUACAAAGCAGCAAUUUGGAUCAGUUUGGGCACGUAGUUUGGUUGAAAACUUCGAUAUCUGAUGUGCGCAUCCCUGUUCACGAGUUCAUUCUAGCUGGUCGGAGUGUUGUCCUGCGAGCAGCAUUGGUCGAAUUUCGACGAACAGACCAUUUCUCGAUUCCUGACUUCAUGACGAUGGGAUUGGAUCUGAACAGCGAUCUCCAGUUACUAUUAUAUGGGUUCGAUUUCCUUUCACUGUUUAAUCUUGUCGUCUUUCUCUAUACCGAUGAAGUGCUGGACGUUUGGCGUAACGUCAAGCACGACUCUAUUAAUGCCUUCCGGUACCGCCAGAUUCGCACUGAGAUUAUGCGCAUUGCUACGCAUUUAGAUCUACGGCAAUUGGAACGAGCUGCACGAGUAAUGGUUGAGCCGUCUCGGACAUUAGAUCAUGACAUGGAGCAAGCCUUGAAUGACCCGGCAUUCCUUGAAAGUAGUAAUGUUACGAUCCGAUUGAAAGAUGCGACAGCUCGCGCUCAUAGCCAGGUUCUCUGUCAAAGAUGCCCUUUCUUCGAUGCCCUCUUCUACGGUCGUUCGGGUGGAAGAUGGCUCGAUUCUAGACGUCAGGAAGAAGUCGUUACAGUCGAUCUUCAGCAUAUGGACCCGCAUGUCUUUGAUUUUGUCCUUCGUUAUCUGUACGGGGCUACGGAAGAUGAACUUUUUGGGGAGGUGAGAUAUACUAGCCUCGAUGACUUUAUUGACUUGGUUCUCGACGUAAUGUUCGCUGCAAAUGAGCUCAUGAUCGAUCGACUAUCGCAAGUUUGCCAGAAGAUGCUCGGACAAUUUGUCAAUACUCGCAAUGUUUGUCACCUUCUUAAUGCUGUUGCGCCCUGUACAGUCACGGAAUUCAAGGAAGCUGCGUUGGAGUAUAUUUGUCUUAACCUUGAAGCAUUGCUCGAGAAUAGGUUACUCGAUGAUUUAGAAGAGGACUUGAUGGAUGAGUUGGAUGCGAUUUGUCAGGAGAAUCAGCUUACGCGGUAUCCUGUUUCUCGUGGUCGUAAUUCGGAGGAAUCUUUAUUUGAAAGAUAUCCUGAAUUGGUUACACGCUUUGAAAUUGAUAGGCAGCGGAGGAUUGACUCUAUGGGGCUAAGCUCGCGUCGUGAUCAAGACGAGCUAUACGAUGAGAAGAUACGAGCAGGUUUGGUUGACAAGGCAACCCCAUCGCCAUCCUUUCGAAAAACGAAAAAUCCCCCAUCUAGUGAGCCAAGAUCUUUCGCGGGAAGUCCGAGACUCAAGGCGCAGCAGUCUAUCAAUGAUCUCAUGUUUCAAAUGGAUGAUGAAACUGCCAUGUCGCCGAGCCCAGUUCGUAGAGGCAAGGCUCCAAUGACUAGCUCACCUGCAGAUGAGAUGGGCGAUCUGUCGCAGCCCUCAAUUCUUCCCCUUUCUUUAAGCCAGUGUGAUUCUUUGGGUGAAACGAGCUUUCUCGGCGAUAGACUCGGUUCUUUGGAAAGCGGUGCUGCUGGAAGUCUGACGGGACGGUCUAUACCCACUAUGCCAACGAUUCAACCAAGUUCUCCUACUCCAUCGAGUUUAAAGGGAGCGCCGUGGGUGUCCCCUGUUAUCUCAGGUAACAAGCGGAAUCUCAAAGAUAUAAUGGCUGAGACUUCGGAGUCACGUAUCUCAAAUCUUACCCUUGGCAUGACAGAUCGUCCAAGCAACCACUCAGGUGGCGCAUUUUCCCAAAAAAUGUCACAAAGAGAACGUAAAAAGCUUCAGCAUUUACACGCCCAGGAGAACUUGGCUGCACAACAAAGAGCUGUUGAUGCACGACAGUCACCGUGGCAAAUAUUUGGCAAAAGUCCUCCUUUGAGUACGCCUGAAGAGACUGUUGAAGAGAGUGUUACGAAUCUGUCAAGGACGGUCCCAAAGCCCUCUAUGACACUCCGACAAACGGUGGCGGGAGCCCCGUCAACGCCUCCAGAUCCACGGGCUGGUCCAUCACCAAAAGCUCAAGGCCAAAAUGUCUCCCAGCCUAUUUCAGGACCUUAUGCUAAUACAAAGUUAAUCGCAACAAGUGCCAAACCGGUGAUUCCCAAGAUAAAAACAUCCCCUAGUUUGACUCCAGUUUCAACACAACCAGCUAUUCAGUCCAUCCGUCAUACGCCUCGUCCUGAACGAUCUAUGCCCAGCCUUGUAGGUCAGGCUUCUCUAGCCUCGAUUCUUGUCCAACAGCAAGCAGAGAAGGACGAGAUCCGUGAAGCAGCAACUGCCAAGCAUAAUUUACAGGAUAUUCAGGCAGAACAAGAAUUCCAAGAAUGGUGGGAUAAAGAAAGCAAACGUGUGAUGGAAGCCGAAGCCGCCGCGGCAGCAGCCACUGCUCAGGCAACAAAGGGCGGGCACCAACGUCGCAAGAAUCGUGGGCAGCAGCCAUCACAGCGACAGACACCGCAGCAGAGACAACAGCAAGGGGGUAACCAGUCCCAGCAACCUCAACGUGGCUCAGACAAGACAUCCGAAACCUCACGCUCUCACGGAAAGAACAGUCACCGGCGGCAUCCCAGAAGCACUCAGACGCCAUCGUCCACUAACAGCCACCGUCCUGGGGCAGUCGACAAACAAUAA